CAAGUAUGAUGGUUCGUUCUAUGAAGGGAUCGACUCACUCAACGCCGAGCGAGACUCCCUCACCUCAGAUCCAACCGCUUAGACCAACCAACCAGAACCUUGAAAUGACUGGCCCUCACAAAGUCAGUGUUUGAGCUGGAGAAGAUCCUGAAGAGCUGAAGAGCUCUUUCCUCUGCAGUGUGUCCAUACAUGUGCACAUGGAUGUUCCAGGAUGCAUGGAUGAAACAAACGUCGGUGAGGUCAUUGUGCUCCUCUCUUUCUUCCUCUUCUUAUUUUAUCACCAUCUUUCUCUCAUGGUUUUCCACUCAGAGGGGAGGGGGCAGAGAAAGGCGAGGCUCUGUUGUCAGAUCUGUCAGUCUAGCCCGGCCUGGCCCCUCCCACAUCAGUGUGGAAGCAUUACAUACUGCUGGUGCUUGUGCUCUUAGCAACGGUGCCUCAGCAACAGAGCCACGGCAACAGAGCUCCACGGCAACAGCGUGCCGUGUCUCCCCAAUGGAGCUGCCAUUGGGCGGACCAGCGCUCAGGCACUACACCCAGAGCAGACCGAGACCUCAUCGACAAAAACUGAACUAUCGUCCCAGCAGACCACAGGAGACAAUAAUCGAGAGUGAACAUGAAGUCCUCGAGCUCAUGGGGCGAGUGGAUGAAGGAGUUGAAGAGUUCUUUACUAAGAGGGUACUUCCUACUGAUACACUGAAAAAUCAGGAUGAGGAAACCAUCACAGUGCACGAAGUGGCUCCUGCCAGCUCCGCCCCUUGUCCACCCCAGACGAAAACACUAAGGAGGAAGCUUGGUGAUUUCUUCACACUCAAAAAGAGACGAGGUCUGAAAUCAGAGACAAGCCAGGAGGGGCGCCCCAAAAAGGCCUCCAUCGCUGAUUUCAUUCGCCCACUCAGGGAGGUCGCCAGAGCAGAGAAAGAUAAGGACAGAGUAAAGGAACUUGACAAGGAAAAUGAAAAGGAAAAAGCGAAAGACGGAGAGACGGCUCUUCAGGAGACACCUGUUUCUGGUGCUCCCCUAUUGAGAGGUGAUGCGGCACCUCCCCGCCGAGCUCUCAGAGAGGGGAAGUCCCAAUCUCUCAUUCUGCUUUCUGGAUCAGCAGCUGCAGGGUCUACCAAUGCCAGAAACACUGCAAAGAAACAAUUCGAAGGCCAGAAUAGUUUUGAACAGAAACUCCAUCUCAUGCUUCAACGUAUUGGAGUUUCCAAACCCCCACCAGGAGAGACACAGAAUCAGGAGGGAGAGAUGAAAAAAGCAGAAUCUGAAGGAACCAUCAUUGACAGUAAACCUGAGCCAUCUGCUUCUUUCUCAAAACCUCGAACAAUGUCUGCGUCCUCAGAUACAAGGCAUCAAAUUCGACCAAGUGUGUCAGCACACGAGUCAGCUGGGAAACCUGCUCUGCUCCCAAAGCCAGUCAUCAAGCCAGGUCCACCCCCCACAACAUCUGGCCGCAACACACCUGAGAACGAGCUGGCCCAAAUACAGGAAGGGGAGGCGAACACGCCCACUAAACUCAGUCCAACUGCAGCCCCGUCUCCUCCUCCCGCCCCCACUGCUACCACCAUUCCUACUGUUCCGACAAUCUCAGAUUCAAUCCCCGACUCACUUUCCCCUUCAAGUACUGUAACUCCCUCUGACACAGAUAUAUGCACUGACUCUGUUAACACUACUGCAGCAGCUACAACACCCACAAAUGCUACAGAGCUUGACAGCACAGCCUCAGAGGGUAGUGUAGCUACAACCACACUGCCCACCACCACCACCCCAACAACCCUCACAAGCACCACUACACCCACCGAUCCCCCUGCCACUGUCUCAGUUAUUUCCACUCCCUCUGUGUCCAUCCCUCCGAGCCCCUCUGUCACUUCCGAUCUAACGACAACAACUACGCCCUCCAUUACCUCCAUGGAAUCUGUCUCUGUUCCCAUUAGUGGAAGUUCAGUUUCCGCAGCAUUGCCAAAUCUGUCGCCUAUAUCGACUUUGCCAGAGCUAAAUGGUAUUCUCUCAGUUGAUGCAUCUCCUGGUGACGCGGCUAUUUCUGUCAACAGCACAGCUGCUUCACCCUCCACCAGCACAUCAACUGCACCAUCAUGCUUGUCCACCACCACCAAUUCAGUAACUGAAGCUAGUGAUGAUUCCACUUUGGUCACCUCUUCCUGCUGUGUGACUUUACAUUCAUCAUUUACCGAAACUACAUCUCCAACAUCAAACUCCUAUGAUGCCAUCACAUCUACUAUCUCACCUGAUGCCCCCGUUACCACUUCCCCCGCCCUGAUCUGUGCUGCCCCUCCUCCCACCACCUCCACCUCUACCACCACCACUAGAAGCCCAACUCCAAAUGACUGCAUCAACUCCAUCUCUGCUUCCACCAUUACUCACCCAGUCAUUCCUAGCCCCACUGACAUAUGUGUUCCCUCUACAUCUUGUGUUGGAACGACCCCCACAGACACCACUUCCACCACCACCACUUUAAACCAUGCAGAAACCACUCCCACCAGCAGCUCAGCAACCACAGCUGCAGUUAGCUCCACACUGUCGACUGACUCAGACCCAGAUUAUUUUAACAAUGCCACCACUACACUCACUAUCCCCACAACCCCAAUGAUCUAUGUUAGUGAUAGCUCAAGUGCUACUUCUCAACAUUUGACCAGUCCAGCCCCCUCUAAUGAUUGUCCAUGCCAAGAUAAGGAUCUACAGACAUCUCCUGAAGAACAACCCAGUGCAGAUCCCGCAGAAAUGAGCACAGUGGCAGAUGAGAAGGUUGAGAUGGUUCAAAAGAGCAAACAGACUGAAAUGGAUGAGGAAAAGGAAGUUGUUGAUGGUGAGAAGAGGCAUGAAAAACCAACGUUGGUCAGCAGUGAAGAAACAAGGAAAGAAGUGCAGGAAGAAAGUGAGAAAGCUGAAGAAGACGCAGUGGCUGAACCUCUAUCGGGGAAAGAGGGUGAGUGGUGUGAGGUGAGUGAUGAGGUAGAAGUCAAAGAGGGAGAAGUAGAAGAGGGAGUAGUUGAGGAUCCAAAACAAGAGGAAACAAAGUCAACAAGCGAGAAGUAAUUGAAAAAAAUUGCUAAAUACGGGACCAACUACUGUGACAGCGACAGGAGUUGCCACAGUAAAGAGAGGGGGGGAUGAAUCAUGGCACUUCCCACAGGGACCACCACAUUACUGCAGCACACCACACAGGGUGGGCCACUGGACCAAAGAACUGAGAUCUCCUUGGUGUGAUGUAAUCAACAAAUCCAGCAGUGUCUUUGUCCUUUUUUUAACUUCUGUUUGACUUUUUUGCAUUGCACGUAUGAUUAUGUACCAUAAAACAACUACUGUGGUAAAUUACACCAUGUUUACAAUAGAUGGAUAAGAGACAUAGAUAUGACUAUU